AUGACAUUGAAUCUAAGACUUACAUACAUAUUUUCAUGUAUAAUUACUUUAGCCAUUGCCGGGACUCCGGGCGAUGUGCUUCAGUUGGACUUUCCAAACGUAGCUAUAGCAGCCCAGGAUAAUGGAACUCUUUUGGGACAGUCUGGAGAGAAUGGGGACAUCCACAUCCAGCCAGUGAAGAACGGAUCAGGGACAGUUCUAUUUGAUGGCUAUGAUGUGUUGGAGAUUAUAGAUGUAGUGAUCAUCAACAAUAUGCCGCCCAUUUGGCACUUCCACGGACAUGUCGGGUACUCAGGGACGUUUGAGGGUGCCAGUAACAUAAUGAUUCCCCUGGAAGUGUUGGACCCAGAGAGUCAGGAUGUCAGGUUUGAACUUGUGGCCGGAAAUUUCCCCACUGGUCUAAGUAUAGCGAGCAAUCCCUGGCGUAUCCAAGGUAUUCCUCCGGAUGAAGACGCCAUCUACACAUUCACUAUCCGCGCUAUCGAUGCCAGUGACCAGUACGCCGAUGCAGUGUUCAAGAUAGAAAUAUUAGAGGUCGAUCAGUGUCUCCGAGAGAUGUGUCACAACAAUGGCCAGUGUAACAACACUAAUACCCAUCGUGGAUUCUCGUGUUCUUGUCCAUUGGAGUACGGCGGGCCGACUUGUGAUGUCACGUGUAAUAAGACUGCUCUUGGAAUAGCAAACUCUUCUGUAGUCCCAGACGCACAGCUGAGCGCUUACCUGUCUCGAUAUACCUCUCAGGCAUCAGACGGGCGUUUGUCAGAAUCUGGAAAGUAUUGGUGUGGUGAAAACGCCAACUCCUGGUUACAAGUGGAUCUAGGUGGCUUAGCAAAGCUCUUUCGAAUAGUAACAUCUGGGGCAAAUUCUACCUUCUUUGCGAAAACAUAUACAUUAUCCUACAGUACUGACGGAACCACCUUCAACUCUAUCAACGAUGUAAAUAACACCACUGUGCACACUUUUAUGGGAUCAAUAAGUGCAUUAUACCAGACGUUGCCUGAACCGUUAGAAGCACGUUUUGUCAGGAUCCACCCGACGACCUACGAAAGAAGUUACCAUCCCUGCUUUCAGGUGGAAAUGUAUGGCUGCUGGCUUUAG